AUGCCAAAAAUUGAGGAUUGGCUUGAAUUGAACGAAGAGAAAGGUCCAAUCGCAACAUCCUUUGGCAACGGGACGCACCCUAUUCGCAAGGCAUGGGCUAAGUUGUUUCGCAGCAGCGGACAAUACAACGCCGGGGAUCCGUUCAUCCAUAGCUCUGUGGGCCCCUUCAGUUGCCUUGCUAGCAUCGACUCGCAGGGCAAGAGAAGCAACUCUGCCUCGGCCUACUAUAAGCCUGUUGAGCUUCGAAAAAAUCUUCACGUUCCGACGAACUCAUUCGUCGAGAGAAUCCUGUUUGACGAAACCAAGCCUCCUAAAGCUAUUGGAGUCCAAUAUAUUCUCGAUGGUGCCUCAAAGACUGCUUAG